GUCCCUGCCUCCCUCCACUUCCCCCUCCUUCUCCUCCAGCCAUUACCACGGGGCACACAGCCGUCCACUAGCCCAGGACCCCCAAAGCCAGGUCUGCUGUGCCCCCCUCCAGGAGCCCGUGCACAGUGCAGUACGGGUGCCGGGGUGGGAGGGAGGCAGCCUGACCAGAACAUGUCUCCACCUGCCCCAGUCUCUGCCUGUCCAGGCCUCUCCAACCCUCGCCCAUGGCCAGCCCCGGCCCAUCGCUUCCUGGAGCGUUUGGCAUUCUAGAAGCCGUGGACAGGGACAGGCUGAUUCUCCUGAAACACAAGUUAAGGACGCUCCCACCAGGCUGCCAGGGAGCCAAACUGCUGCAUGCCAUGGUCCUCUUGACUCUGGGCCAGGACACAGAGGCCAGGAUCUCUUUGGAGACACUGAAGGGGGACACGGUGGCCCAGCUGUUAGCCCACCAAUGGGCCGGCAUGGACAACGCUGAGACACCCGAGGAACCCUCAGAUGUGGCCUGGACUGUGGCCCGGCUGUAUCACCUGCUGGCAAAGGAGAGCCUGUGUCCAGCUUCCAUGAGGGACAUGGCCUACGAGGUGGCCCUCAGUGACCUCACCUCCCGAGGUGACCACCGGCUGGGCCAACUGCAGGCUGAGGCCAGGGAUCGGCAUGGUUUGGACAUCGUGGGGGACCCUGGUGGCUUCCAGCCACUCCAUUCGGAUCUGGGCUGCCUGCCUCCACCUUCAGCAUCCCCAUCAGUGGCCAGGAGCCAGCCUCUUCCCAUCCACCAGUCCAACUGGAGCCCGGGUUGUUCCCUGCGCUCCACGGGCAGCCCUGGGUCCCUCAGUCGCCACUUGGCCAUCAGCCAGUCACCUACCUUGCCCUUUCUCGGUCCCCACCGUGGCAGCCAUGGGCUCAGCAGACUCUGUGACACACCCCCGGCCAACCCUGAACCCCAGCCUGUCCCCAUUGGGGGCCAGGAACCUGAGGAGGUAAGCUGGCCCCCGUGCACAGAGAUGGUCACCCCUUUGGAGCUACCAGGCAGAAUCAGAGACCCCGAGGUGGCCCUAGCCACCCUCCAUAACUCCCAGGCUCCAGACAAUAGUGGCCAUGAUGUGGUUGAAUCCACUGAGGUGACCACUGACCCCAAGUCUCUCCAGCUUUCCACCAUGGAAGACACUGGAAAGCUAGAGUCUGUUAUAAGCCAGGUGUCAUCCCAGGUUUCUGUAGGAAGUGAUGCUCUGCAAAACACCACAUCCAGUCCCCCUGCACCGCCGUCGCCCCAACAAACCUCCCCACAUGCGCCUCCCCCUUCUUCCCCUUCCUCUGCCUCUCCCUCCUCCAGCAGCCAUCCUCCUCCGAUGUCCUCCUUAUCCCCUCCUCCCGGCCACUCAGAGACAUCUGAGCAGAAAUUCUAUAACUUCGUGGUCAUUCACGCCAGAGCAGAUGAACACAUAGCCCUGCGUGUCAGGGAAAAGCUAGAGCGUCUAGGGGUACCUGAUGGGGCUACCUUCUGUGAAGACUUCCAAGUGCCAGGGCGGGGCGAGUUGAGCUGUCUCCAGGAUGCCAUUGACCACUCGGGGUUCAUGGUACUGUUGCUGACCGCCAGCUUCGACUGUCGCCUGAGCCUGCACCAGGUCAACCAGACCCUGAUGAAUAGCCUCACACAGUCCGGAAGGCAGGACUGCGUGAUCCCCCUCCUCCCACUGGAGUGCUCCAGGGCCCAUCUGAACCCUGACACGGUGGGACUCCUCACAGGCCUGGUGUGGCUGGAUGAGCACUCCUCCAUCUUCACCAGGAAGGUGGCCAAUACCUUCAAACCCCACAAGCUCCAGGCACACAAGGCACGUUGGAAGAGAGAGCAGGAAGCCAAGAUCCUCAGGGAGCACAACCAGCAGCUGGAUGCAGAGAGACAGCGGGUGGCCUCCAUCCACACAGCAUACUCCACCUAUGUCCAGAGCUGCUGGGCCUGGCAGGCGCAGAUGGACAGUCUGAGGAUGGCCUUUGGGAAGGACUUGGCACUGGGGAGUCAGGGACCCCUCGGGGGUCCGUCACCCAUCCCCGCCUGGCUAGGAUGCCCACAGAAUCUGCUAUAUACACAGCAGAGAGGUAGCCAGGUGCCACCCUCAUUCCCACAGCCCCCUCCAUCCUUCCUGCAGCCUCCCAUGUCUUCACCACAGUCCCCCCACUUCCCACCAACCUCUCCACUGGCCCAGACCCCCGGAACUCAGCCUCUCAUUAUUCACCAUGCACAAAUGGUUCAGCUGGGGGUUAACAACCACAUGUGGGGCCAGACAGGGAACCCUGGGCCUGAUGAUAAGACUGAGUGACCUACCUAGAUCUCUAGAGUGAUCAGGUUAGACCCUGCCUGGGGCCCCAGAGUGACCAGGUUGGACCCUCUCUGGGUCUCCCUUAUGACCGGGUUAGACCCGACCUGAGACCCUGGAGUGACCAGGUUGGAAGUCACUCCUACCUGACUGGAUCUCUCUUAUGAUCACGUUAGACCCCUCCUGGGACCCCAGUGACUAGGUUGGACAAUGCCUGGGUCCAAUUUUGGGCAGGGCCUUUUGGGAGCCCCCCCCCACCCUGUUUCCUCCAGAGGGACGGAGGACAAUGGGUCCAAGUGACUUCAUCUGAGGACGUCCCCAGCCAGGCCACUUUCUCUCCACUCCACUAUAACUGCAGCUCAAGGGGUCUCUUAUUCUCUGGGGCGGUUUGGGUGCUGGGGGGACAUGGCGAGGGCCUUCGCAGUAUAAUAAAUAUUUAUUCAAAGUUGA